ACAAAAAGUGGCUCCACUUUAGGUUUUAUUACUACAACGUUAACUUCCUCAUUUCUCUUCCUCGCCGCCUUCUUUUCCUUCUUCACUUCACUCUCUCCUGAUAGUAAACUACAUUGUGCUCCAAAAGCCGCAGUUGAAAAGGAAAAGCCGACUCCCUUCGAUAGCUUGGAUGGGAAGAGUUCAAGGUGCAUGAAUAAUGAUAACAUGGAGGGUUUGUUGCAAAAGCAAAAGGCUCCCAAGAAUUCCGAAGAUAUCGAGGUUGAUAUAAUUGGAUGUACAAACAAUAAUGACAUCAGAACGGUUAAAAUUGAGGACCCGGAUGUGACUGAGUGUUCCAGCUCAUUUGCCGACACCACGUCUGAUGCCGAGAAAUGUUCUGGAUUGAGUGAUGCUGAAGUUGAAACCCAGUUCCUUGGUGAUGCUGCUUUUGGAUCUGCUUACGAACCGUUUAGUAGCGUGUUUCAUAUGAGGAAGAAGAGGCUGACAAGUCAUUGGAGGAGCUUCAUUCGGCCUCUCAUGUGGCGCUGCAAAUGGGCAGAACUCAGAAUCAAACAAAUCGAGUCUCAAGCAGUAAAAUACAGCAGAGAAAUUUCCGCAUAUGAGCAGAGCAAGUUCUCCAGAAUCGACCAAUCUGCACUAGAAGGUUUUGGUUCAAAGUCAUUGCCAUUUUGUAGUCAGUAUAACCGUAGAAAGGCCAUAAAGCGGAGGAGACGAAAGAGAAUAGAAGAAACAACUGAUAUAGCAUCGUACAUGUCAUGUCAUAACUUAUUUUCAUAUUUUGAAAACAGGAAAACCAUUCCGGAUGGUGCUUACAUUGCUGAUGAUUUUCCCAACACAGCCAAUAUGGACCAAGAUACAGAGCGCAAUGAUAAAUUCGACGUUAAUAACGAUCAAUUGCUUUUCGAGUUCAGAGAUGAAAAUAAUUCCUUGGAGCAAGUCCUUAGGAAGAUUGAAAUUGUUCAUGCUAAGGUUCAAAAACUCAGGAGUCAACUUGAUCAGGUGAUGUCCAAAAAUGCUUCGAAGUUUUCUUCCUCUGAGAAUUUGAGCCUCCUUGCUGCUUGUGAUGCUCAAACCAGCUCCGCUCCUAGCCCUACAUUUUCGGCUGGAAAUGGAGACACAAUAUCUGUUGGACCUGCAUAUAACACAACUCAGCAGAUUUCCGAAUAUGUUGGAGAUUUGGUUAUGCCUGCAAGUGCUGUUUCAAGUUAUGGAGAGGCUUUCCAUGUCCCAGAUAUAAUCGAAAGCACAGUUGGAUUAUUGUCAUCUGCUGAAGUUACCUGCCAUCAGCCGCAACUCGUAGACUCGUGCGAAGAUAUUGUGGAAAAUGUUCUGAUACAGAACGAAGGAAAUGCUGGAGACAAACAAGUUUUAACGACAACAAACAGUCGGUCUACAAAGCAACAGCAUCAAACCGAGAAAGUCGAAGAAGUAGAGAGCACCAAUCCUUCCCGCAUUCUGACAUCAGAACCUAAUCAUGCAACCAAAAACGUGGUGUCUCAGGAGCAAUCAACUCUGAGACAAUGCCUAGCUGCAGACAUCUGUUUCCCAAAGAGCAAACGAAAGCGAGGGGAACGUAAAGCUGGUUCAGGUGGUUGGAGCAGGAAACAGUCAGGUGAGCCUGAUAAUAGCCAAUGACUUCAUUUUUGGAAUACUGAUGGUUCACUAAGCUUAGUAGGCUCAACACUCUUUGCUAACCAGUCACUAAGAGGACUCAAUAGGCACUGUAACUGGAACUCCUUGAUUUUAUGGAUCCACUAAAUUGUUGUUUCUGAUAAACUAGCUUCAACCAACAGUGUUCAUGGGGUCAAAAUUCUAAUCUACAGUUUAGUGAUCAUGGUUUGUUGACA